AUGAAGAUCACCAGCACCCUCCUCACCCUCCUCACCGCUGCCACAGCGGUCAGCGCCAUCUCCUCAGAGAUGAACCGCAAGCUCGCAGCCCGGAACGACAUCGCCGGUGGUGCCGCUGACCAGGCCAUCAAAGCCCGCGCCAUCGAAGACAUGAGAGCGUCCGGCGCUGCGACCGAGAAGCAGAGACGACAGAUUAUUGAACAAGGUCUCAAGAUCCUGAACGAUUCGCGCACUGUGGUGGAUGAUAUGAAGCAGUUGGACGAAACCGUCACAAACGACAAGAACGAGUAUGAUGGUGGCGCCGGGUCAACGGGGUCGGAUCUAUCGGGGACGGGGUCAACGGGGUCGGAUCUAUCGGGGACGGGGUCAACGGGGUCGGAUCUAUCGGGGACGGGGUCAAACUUGGACAACAACUAUGCCGACUACAAAUAG